AUCGCGUCCCGGCCUUCAGAAUGUCUCUUCUCCGAUAGAGAUGAUUUCCGUCAUCUUCUUCAAAAUCACUGCCAUCUCUUGUAUGAUAGAGAACAUUUAUCACCACCAUCUCUUGUCCGAUAGAGAAUCGUCCAUCAAGGUCUCUCCCAUCCCCCCAACAGAUUGAUGAAGCAUAUUCAGUAAAGAAGUUCAAGAUGUCAACUCAAAGAAAAAGGCCCCUCUAGUGGAUGGCCUUGUUUCUAACACUAAUGGCGAUCCAAAGCUUGUGUGUAAUGGAUACAUCGGAUGCUUUAUGUUCCUCGGGCCACCAUUCUACAUUCACCUUGGAUCGUAGAUUCUAUUUGGAUGUCGCCAUCUUCUUAUUUUUUUCGUUUUAUGAGUGAGAUUGAUUGAUUGUAUGGAUUCCCAAUUCCUUUCAUGUGGACAGUCUGUCCAUGUACUUUUUCUUUCGUUUCAAUGGAAGUGUUUAUUUUUUCAUGUCCAUAUACUUGUUUGAAACAACGGUUAUUUGAUUGUUUUAUAAAUUUUGCCCGCAAGCAUGACUCUGGUUAAGCAAGCUGAGGAUGGUGCAAGCCAUAAAAAGGCCGACAAGAAACAUGUUCGUAUGCAUGAACAGGCACUUAAAAAAGCCUUUGAAAAUUUUUUCAACAAGGGUGUUGCUGGAAGCUCAACUCCUGAACUGCUUGCCACAUUCUGCGACAUCAUUCUUAACAAGGAGGGAUCUGAAAAAUUGAGUGAUGAAGUCACUGAGGAGACACUGGAGAAGGCUGUAGAGCUGCUUGCUUACAUAAGUGAUAAAGACUUAUUUGCAGAACUCUACAGGAGGAAGUUAGCUAGAAGGUUGCUUUUUGAUAAGAGGACCAAUUAUGAGCAUCAGAGAAGUAUCUUAACAAAGUUGAAGGGGAAAUAUGGCUAUCUAUUCACAUCAAAGAUGGAGGGGAUGCUCUCUGAUUUGACUUUGUCAAAGGAAAAUCAAACUGAUUUUGAGGAGUAUCUCAGCGAGAAUCCAGUUGCAAAACCUGGUAUUGACCUGACUGUUACCGUUCUGAAUGCUUUCUUGUGGCCAAGAUGCAAGUCUUUCAAUCUUAAUCUUCCACCUGAGAUGGUAAAAUGUGUUGAAGUGUUCAGUGAUUUUUAUCAAAGAAAAACAAGGAACAGGAAGCUUACAUGGAUAGAUUCACUGGGUACUUGUAAUAUGAGUGGACACUUUGAGCAGAAAACAAUAGAGCUGAUUGUGACUACUUCCCAGGCUUGUACACUGCUGCUCUUCAAUACAUCAAAUCGUCUGAGUUAUCAAGAAAUUGUGGGACAGCUAAACCUUUCAGACAAGGCUGUUGUUAAACUUCUCCAUUCAUUGUCCUGUGCAAAGUAUAAAAUCCUGAAGAAGGAGCCAAGCACCGAGGCGAUAUUGCCUUCGGAUAUGUUUGAGUUCAACUCACAGUUUACAGACAAAAUGAGCACGAUAAAAGUAAGAGCUGUUUUUGCUUUUAUCUUUGCACUUGAUGAUGAUGGACUGACCCACUUUCUCACAUAUCCUGAUAAUAAUGCUGUUGGUUACUUACUUUGUCAAACAGGACAGGAUGUAAAUACCCGGCGAAGUGGUGAUGUCACAAGUUCAGAAGGCUUUGUUGGAGAUCCCACCUCUGCGGUAACUAACAAGCAACUAGUUAUUUUCCAGAACGAAGCAGCUCCUAACUACAGCCUUUCCACCAGCCAAAUCGAAGAGUUUCCACCUUUGCCACGGAAAAUCCUUAGUCCUUUUGCUCCCACCUUUGUGCCCGCUGUAUACUCCUACGCUGAUAUUUUCAUUAAGGAUCAAGGAUUCAAAGCUACUACUGAGCCAGAAGAAGACCCCUUUACAAAUCUCAAUGGCCAAAGCUUGGUUCUAUCCCUCAACGCAGUGGAAGAUCACACUAAGGACAGGGAAGGACCCAUUCUCUAUACCCACUCCGAUGGGGAGGAUUUUGUUUUCAUAGACACAAAGCUCAAACCUUUGCAAAUCGACUUCUCAAGAUGCUCCAAACACCCCCUCCAUCUCCGUAAGGUUACUUACAGGUAUGAGUUGGAGCUCAGCCUUGCUAGUGAUUCAGUGUUGGCCUCUUUAGCUAACAAGAUGCUAAUGUGGAUCUCUAGCUCUAGGAAAACUGAGUUGGGUGUUGAGCAGGGGCCGAUGAUACUAUAUCAUGGCGAGCAUAUUGGGUGGCAAUACCUGACUCUACUUUUCCCACUAUUGCUGAUGGCAGCCAAAGAUGGAGUUGGUGCCAAGUUAGCCUUCUGCCCCGAUGAGAGCUACUUGACGCUGAGAAAGGGUUCACCUGAGGUUGUGUCUUGCCUUGAGUCAAUGCUUGACUCAUUCUAUAGGCGGUUUGUCGGGCUGCGGCCUCGGGCAGCCGGGUCGGCUACCGGCAGUGGUGCUGGGGUUGGUCUGGUGACAAUGGGGACUGCUCUGGCGGGGGCAGCGGGCUUCAGGAUAGAUUCCUUGGGCUCGUUUUUGCGCAACGCAGCCGAUCUUCCCAGCGCAGCAGCCAUAACGGGAACCCUUCCUCGUCACACUGCCGAACGCAACGCAGCAGCUUCUGGAAGGAGAUCCAAGGUUUCAAUGGCAAGCGAAGAUGCAAUGGACGAGAUCCCUCUAAGCAAAAGAUUGGAGAAGAAAGGGGAAGUUGAAGUGGCCUCUAAAACUGUUAUGCAAGAAGGGCGAAUUAACGCGUAUUGUAACCAGCCCACAGUGAAAUUCCCGAUGUGCUAUAUAAACUUAGUGGACGAUAUAGAUGAGUUCGAUAAUUUCCCAUGGGGAGAUGAUGUGUGGUCAGACCUGGUUGAUCAUGUUCAUCGGUGCGGACUAAGCAUUGAAAAGGGUGGAACUUCUCGUCCAACAUUUGGGGGAUACAUGUUUGCACUGCAGAUAUGGGCUUUUGAGACUUUCCCAUCACUUGCGAAGGCCGGGAUGUGUAUGUUGUUCCUGUCCGCCAAAAGAAAGAAGAAGUUGUCGCUGCAUGAUGCGAAGCGAGCAUGUCAGGAGAAGAAGACGGACAAGAGAUCAGAGGAUGCAGUGUUGAUGAAAGACAGUGGAAAUAUGUCUACCAAGCAGGGUGGAGACGAUGAAGUAGGUAUGGUCGGUUUGGGCAGUCUGAGUGGUAAUGAUAUGGCUUAUGGGUCCAAAGGGGAGAAAGAGGAACGUAAUAAAAAACAAUGUGGUGAGCACAAAGAAUUGUUGAAAGUAAUGUUGGAGAUUAUGGCUAAGCAAGCAGAACAAGACAAAAAGAUUGAUAAAAUUUUGGUUAUUCUUCAAGAAAAAGCUAUAAGCUCCCAAAAUGAAACACAUACCGUGAAGGAUAGCAUGAUGGCAGAGAACGAGCAGCUGAAACCAGAGAAUGAUGAUGUUAGAAAGAGUUUGGAGAAUGAUCAAGAAAUAAUGAUUAAUCCGGAAGGACCAUCCUUUGAAAUACUUACACCCAUUGCAAAAGAUGGUGUGGCUAAUGAUGGGAAUAAGGAUAAUGGUAGUGGCAGUGUGUUGGUAGUUGAAGGAAGUCGGGCUGAAAACUGUUUCAAGCCAUCAGAGAUUUCCUGGGGUGAUACACAAUUCAGUCCUCAUGAUUUGGAAGUUAUAGACAAGGUGACUGGCAUGUGGGCGAAGUCUUCUGAGAGAUGCGAAACUGUAAUUUAUUAAUGUUAGUCGGUUUAUUCGUUGUGCCCACGCCUUAGAGGGGGGGUGAAUAAGGCGUUUUAAAAUCU